AUGUCUUUGUGUCGCCUUCUCAAACAGGAAAAACUUCUCACAAAACCUUCAAAAUGGACCAUCCGCCAUGUCGAGCUCUUCUCUUUGUUCGAAGACCCUCUCCCUGCGCCCGAACCAGCACCCGAACCAGCCCCCGAACCAGCACCCGCACCCUCACUCCAGCAUGACCAGGCCCGCCAACGCUCUGGUGCUGGCUUCUUAAAGAGCUUUCUUGGGCGCAUCAACGAGGUUCGCUGGCGAACAACCAUGGUGCGAAAUCUUCUCGAGCACCCCAAUCAUACCUUUGAGGAAGCCGCCCGAUUCUAUUUUGGCGGUCGCUGUGUCGACAUCUUUGAAUGUCUCGUCAUUUGCAACACCACCGAGCCUAUCAUGACGGCAUACUUCGAUGGAGGCUCCAUCAGCCCGUAUUUCCGUCGUUGUCCCGUGGAUCAGCCGUUGGAACUACCUCAUUCACGCAUACUCGCGCUCCUUGUGGCUAUGGCCCAUCGCCAAAGCGAGAGAGACGGCGCCCGUCGACGCUGUUUUUACUGGGUCGGCAUUUUCAACCCGGUUUCAGUAGCCACUUGGAGCUAA